GUCUCCACAGCACUUAUGGCGGUCCUUGAACGUGUUCCCAGACCGGCGCCCAAGUACCAGGUGGUGGCGGACAAAGGCUUCAACUUCUCCAACGCGGACGACGCCUUCGUCUGUCAGAAGAAGAAUCACUUUCAGAUCACCUGCCACGUCCGCCUGCACGGCGACGCCCAGUUCGUCCGGGCCGAGUCCAGCAUCCAGAAGAUCCUGUCGUGGCAGCUGCACUUCUACGGCGUCAAGACGGAGGCCACGGCGCAGACCAUCAAGGUGGAGCAGUCGCAGAGCGACCGGUCCAAGAGGGCCUUCCACCCCGUGCAGGUGGAGCUCCGGCCGGACGAGUCGGUGAAGAAGACGGUGGGCCGGCUGCACUUCAGCGAGACCACGAGCAACAACAUGCGCAAGAAGGGCAAGCCCAACCCCGACCAGAGGUACUUCUACCUGGUGGUCGGGCUGCACGCGCACUGCGCCGACGGCAACGCCUACCCCGUCGUGGCGCACAACUCCGAGAGGAUCAUCGUCCGGGCGUCGAACCCGGGCCAGUUCGAGAGCGACGCGGAGCUGUGCUGGCAGAAGGGCUCCGUGUCGGACUCGAUCUACCACACGGGCAAGUGCGGCAUCAACACGGACCGGCCCGAGGAGGCCCUCACGGUGCACGGCAACCUGCGCAUCACCGGCCACGUCAUCCAGCCCAGCGACCUCAGGGCCAAGGAGGCCAUCCAGGAGUGCGACACGAGGAAGCAGCUCCGCAACGUGCAGCAGAUCCGCGUGGUGCACUACCGCUACACCGACGAGUUCGCGCGCCACGCGGGGCUGCCCAGCAGCCAGAACACGGGCGUCAUCGCCCAGCAGGUGGAGAGCAUCCUGCCCGAGGCCGUCACCUCGGCCGGCGACGUCGUCCUGCCCAACGGGGCCCGCCUGGACAACUUCCUGGUCGUCAACAAGGAACGGUUAUUCAUGGAGAACGUGGGUGCGGUGAAGGAGCUCUGCAAGGUGACGGACAACCUGGAGACGCGCAUCGACGAGCUGGAGAGGAUGAACAGGCGACUCAACCUCAAACGCCUGGAGAGGCUGGACAGCCUCAAGUCCGUGUCCUCCAGUGUGUCCAUCCGGCCCAGUCGCUCCAGCAAGACGGGCUCCUUCGCCUCGUUCACCGACGGCGUCCUCUGCUCCAACAAACUCAUCCAGAGCACCAUCGUCAUCCUGGUGCUGAUCAUCGCCUUCUGUUUAGUUGCGAUGGCCACACUGUACUUCCUAGAGUUCCAGAAACGAAAUGACAACUACGACAUUCCAAUCAGCCGGCAGACCGUUAUUCAAACGCAGACUCACCCUCCCGCCUUGAGCACGCCCAGGCCCUCCAAGAUGCGCUACAAGUCGGGGGCGACGCCGUACAGCAAGAAGCUGACCACCAUCGCACCGAGCAUACU